AAAAUUCGAUAUAUCUACAUAGUAAUGCAGCGUGUAAGUGUGUAGCAUGAAGAUAUUGACCGUUCUUGUGUGUGUGAAUGCAUCGAACUGUGACUUAACCAUACUAGUUGCCAAUUCGGUUCUCCUGGAGUUAGGGUCGGCAAAAAAGCAUACAAUGGCAAAUAAGGUAUUGUUAUCAUGCUUGCGACAAAAUACUUCAAAGUGUGCAAAUUCUAUUCGUGGAUUAUCAGGAGUAUCUGGAGUUCCUGACAAAAUUGGUAAUAGGGAUAUAGUAGGUCAUGGAUGGAAUGGAGAAGCAGCUUACUUAGAUCGAUGCGAUUUUCCUUUGCCUGCAAUUCGUUUCAAAGCAAAUACUCCAGACAUAAUGGCAUUGCGAGAAAAAGAAAAAGGUGAUUGGAAGAAAUUAUCAAUAGAAGAAAAAAAGGCAUUAUAUCGAGCCAGUUUCCGUCAAACAUUUAGUGAAUUUCAAGCCUCAACAGGAGAAUGGAAAGGACAUAUUGGAAUCGCAUUCAUUGGUGUGGCUUUUAGUCUUUGGGUAGUAAUGUUUCUCAAAACUUUUGCAUACCCACCAUUACCAGAAUCAUUUAAUUUGGAAAACAGACUUGCACAACUGGAACGUAUGAAAAUACUUGAAGUCAAUCCUAUUACUGGAAUUAGUGCGAAAAAAUAAAUUUAAUUUGCUUAUGUUUAAAAGCAUAGUAAAAAAUAUAGUGUAUUAUACACUAACAAUUGUUUAAUAUAAAUGUUCUGUAUAAAGUUAGUAAGAAGAAACAUUAAUAAAUUAAAUAUUUCUCUCAAAAUAAGAAAAUCUUUUUAUGCAAUUUUUGGUUGUAUCCUGCAUAAAUUGUAAAUACUGUUCUUAUACGCAUCAGGAUUUUGGUCUACUUUAGCGUCUGUCACUAUUUCUAUUAAUUCCUUGAAUUAAUUUGAUUAGGUUUACAAAAUAGUCAUCAAUGUUAAAUUAUCAUUGGGUAUCAAUAUCUCAUUCAUAUUCCUUGUUUCUUUUCCUCAUUUUCACUCGAAUUCUUCCUAGUCACCCAAAUGAACGUUCUAAUAUCUCGGACUAUGGAUGCUUAAGCGAGCAGCAGUUGUACAUAUUUUAUAUUGCAUAAACACAUUACGGUUUAACAUUAUCAUUUAUUUAAUAAUACAAAUAUAAUAAUAUGGGUAAUUCUUUUAUUCCUAUUACUUUCGAUCUUUUUAGUUAAAAUUUGUUAGAAUUACUUGAGAUAAGUGGUUAACAUUGAAUUACAUGAAAAAAUAUCUACUGUAAAAUAUGUAUUUUAGUUUAAAAAAAUAAAUAAUGUAAUAAAAAAUA